AUUCCUCAAAAUACCAUGGCUUCAGUUGCAGAAUCGGUGACCAGCCAUUAAAAGUACUUCAAUACAAAUACAAAAUCGAUGAUAUACGCAUCGGCACAUUAGUGCCAUCGACUCACCGAAAUUCGCCAGCGUGGAAACCGUCCACUUCAAGCACUCGUUAA